CUCAGCAGCAGCACAAGCAGCAGCAGCAGCAGCAGCCGCCCGCCAUGUCCCUCAAGCAGGCGCCUCAGCCGCCGCCGCCGCCGCCGGCCCCCGCCUCGCCCUCCCCGCCUCCGCCGCCUCAGCCUCCGGCGCAACCAGGGCCGGCCCAGGCGGGGAGCGGGAGCCGCAAGCCCCCCGGGAGUGGAGCAGGAGGAGGCCCAGGCCCCGGUCCAGGCCCAAGCCUGAGUGGCAGCUCCGCGGCCGGAGCGGGAAGCAGCGGCGGCGGCGGCGGAAGAGCCCCGCUGGGCAGAGGUCGCAACAGUGGCAAAGGGCCGCUUCAGCCAACAAUUUCUUUUCAAGGCAUAUAUGCAAAUAUGCGAAUGGUUCACAUACUCACAUCAGUUGUUGGCUCAAAAUGUGAAGUACAAGUGAAAAAUGGCAAUAUAUUUGAAGGCAUUUUUAAAACUUACAGUUCUAAGUGUGAUUUAGUGCUUGAUGCAGCUCAUCGGAAAACUGGAGAAUCUAGUCUUGGGCCCAAGCGAGAAGACAUAAUAGAGAGCAUUUUGUUCAAGUCUUCGGAUUUUGUUAUGGUGCAUUUCAAAGACACAGAUACCAGUUAUGCACGAAGAGUUCCUUCAGAAACAGAUGCUUUUACAGAUUCUUCAAUCAGUGCUAAAGUUAAUGGUGAACACAAAGAAAAGGAUCUCGAGCCUUGGGAUGGUGGUGAAGGCAUAGUUGCAGAUGAACUUGAAGCCUUAGAAACUGAUGUUUCCAAUGGAUGGGAUCCUAACGACAUGUUUCGAUACAAUGAAGAAAACUACGGCGUUGUGUCAACUUAUGAUAGCAGUUUAUCUUCAUAUACGGUACCCCUAGAAAGGGAUAACUCAGAAGAAUUUUUAAAACGGGAAGCCAGAGCAACCCAGUUAGCGGAAGAAAUUGAAUCAAGUGCUCAGUACAAAGCUCGAGCUGCUUUGGAGAAUGAUGACCGGUCAGAGGAAGAAAAAUACACGGCUGUUCAGAGACAUGUAAAUGAGCGUGAGGGCCAUGGUGUGGCACCCAGGGACAACAAAUACAUUCCACCUGGACAGCGGAAUAGGGAUGUCCUUUCCUGGGGAACUGGAAGGCAGACUUCGACGCGGGUGGGCCAGUCAGGAUCAGGCCCACCAAUUUCAAGAUCUGGGUCUUACUCAUCAGACUACAGUUCAAAUUCGGGAGCAGACCAAAGAGUAGUUAAUGGAGGUGUUCCCUGGCCAUCGCCUUGCCCAUCUCCUUCCUCUCGCCCACCUUCUCGCUACCCGUCAGGUCCCAACACUCUUCCACCUCGGGCAGCCACCCCUACAAGGCCGCCCUCCAGGCCCCCCUCGCGGCCCUCCAGGCCCCCGUCUCACCCCUCUGCUCAUGGCUCUCCAGCUCCUGUCUCUACUAUGCCUAAACGCAUGUCUUCAGAAGGACCUCCACGGAUGUCUCCUAAGGCACAGCGGCACCCUCGAGGCCACAGAGUGUCUGCGGGUAGGGGUAUGAUUUCAAGUGGCUUAGAAUUUGUCUCUCACAAUGUGCCAGGAGAAGCCACUACACCUUCGUCGGCCCGAGGCAGCCCUUCAAGUGGGACAUGGUCAUCAGUGGUCAUGGGGGUUACUAGGUCAUCCCCUAAAGCACACAGGCCCCGGUCUCCAAAGCAGAGUAGUGUUGGAGGUGUGCCCUCGGGGCCAACUCUCUCUUCUCCCCAAGCUGGCUCUACUCUGGCAGAAGCUGUAGCUGUGCCUCUUCCAGCUGCCUCUCCUACCCCUGCCAGCCCUGCCUCCAAUAGAGCAGGUACCCCAUCUGCCGAAGCUAAAGAUUCCAGGCUUCAGGACCAGAGGCAGAGUUCUUCUCCUGCAGGAACGAAAGAACAUCAAAAGCCAAGUGAAAUGUCUCCUAGUUUUAGCAAACCUGAAUGCAAAGGUGUUUCUCCGGCUGUAUUAGAACAUAGAAAACAGAUUGAUGACUUGAAGAAAUUCAAGAAUGACUUCAGGUUACAACCAAGUUCCACUUCAGAAACGGUGGAACAGCUGUUAAGCAAGAACCGAGAUGGUGAAAAAUCUAGAGAAGUUCCAAAGGAGAAGACCGACUCCAGCUGUAAAGACUCUGUAGUUGAAACCGGUAGCAAUGCCACCUCAACCAGCGGUGGCAGCAGCAAGCCUAACAGCCCCAGUAUUUCACCAACUAGUGGCAAUGCAGAGCCGAAGCAAGGGCCUGAGGUGACCUCGCAAGGUGUGCAGACCUCUAGCCCUGCAGGAAAGCAGGAGAAAGAAGAGAAAGAGGAGAAAAAGGACACCACUGAACAAGUUAGAAAAUCGACACUGAAUCCGAACGCGAAGGAAUUCAACCCUCGGUCAUUUGCUCAGCCUAAACCUUCUACUACACCAACCUCACCCCGUCCACAAGCUCAGCCCAGCCCCUCGAUGGUGGGCCAUCAGCAGCCUACUCCUGUCUACACUCAGCCUGUUUGUUUUGCACCUAAUAUGAUGUACCCUGUUCCUGUGAGCCCUGGCGUUCAGCCUUUGUACCCAAUUCCAAUGACCCCCAUGCCAGUCAAUCAGGCCAAGACCUAUAGAGCAGGUAAAGUAUCCAAUAUGCCCCAGCAGCGGCAAGACCAGCACCACCAGAACACCAUGAUGCACCCUGCCUCUGCUGCUGGGGCGCCAAUUGUAGCCACGCCACCGGCUUAUUCAGCCCAGUAUGUUGCCUACAGCCCCCAGCAGUUCCCCAACCAACCUCUUGUUCAGCAUGUGCCACAUUAUCAGUCUCAGCACCCUCAUGUUUAUAGCCCUGUCAUACAGGGCAGUGCUAGGAUGAUGGCGCCACCAGCACACCUGCAGCCUGGCUUAGUUUCUUCCACUGCUACGCAGUAUGGUGCUCAUGAGCAGACACACACGAUGUAUGCAUGUCCCAAAAUACCCUACAGCAAGGAGACAGGCCCUUCUUUCUACUUUGCCAUUUCCACUGGUUCUCUUGCUCAGCAAUAUGCCCAUCCGAGUGCCACCCUACAUCCGCACCCAGCCCACCCACAGCCUUCUGCCACCCCCACUGGCCAGCAGCAGAGUCAGCAUGGAGGAAGCCACCCAGCCCCCAGCCCAGUGCAGCCCCAUCAACACCAGGCUGCCCAGGCCCUCCACUUGACAAAUGCUCAGCAGCAGUCAGCUAUCUAUCACACCGGUCUUGCACCAACUCCUCCUUCCAUGACCCCCGGGUCCAACACCCAGUCUCCGCAGAGCAGCUUCCCAACAGCACAACAGACAGUGUUUGCCAUCCAUCCUUCCCACGUCCAGCCUGCCUACACCAACCCACCGCACAUGGCCCACGUCCCCCAGGCCCAUGUGCAGUCGGGGAUGGCUCCUUCUCACCCAACUGCCCAGGCUCCAAUGAUGCUCAUGACGACCCAGCCGCCACCCGGUGGGGCCCAAGCCGCCAUUGCGCAAAGUGCACUACAGCACAUUCCAGUUUCGACAGCAACACACUUCCCCUAUAUGACGCACCCUUCAGUACAAACCCACCAUCAACAACAGUUGUAAAGCUGACCUGGAGUAACUGUGAGGCUGGAUCCCUCUUUCCUUCUCCCCCCCUCCUUUGUUUCUUUUUGUUUUUAGGCAAAAGAACCUACCUUCCUCUGCUUCUGCCAACUUUGGAAGCACAGAAACAAAACAAAAAACAAAAAACCUAGCAUUUCUCUCUCUCUCUUUUGGUUUGUUUUUAUGAGGAAAAAAAUGUAACAUCAAAAAGGAUAUCAGUGGGAGAAAUCUGAACUCAGACAAAGGCAUGUUAGAACCCUUGGGGAACAAACAAUUCCAUAAUUCCAUACGUUGUGACAAAGAGAAAGCAAAACACAAAACUUUCACCUCAGGCCCCAGUUCCGCUUGCAGAAAAACUGGAAAAGCUAUUUAUUUUUUAAAACAACCCUUCAACGGUGACAAAUUCAUCAGCUAGAGAAAUACUUAAAUGAGAGUGAUUUCUUGCUGCUAUUCUCACUAAAAAAAAAAGAAAACCAAGACUUUAAAAAAAAUCCCUUUUACUUCUAACUAAACUUGAAAGAGGUUUGGAAAAAUUUAAAUUCUAAUCGUCAAACGGAUAAGGAUUUAUUAUUUAUAAAAUCAUGUUUGAUGAGGGGGGGGGACUGCUGCCGCGAGGCAGCAGUGUAACUUUUAAGUUAAGAGGAAACUUUUACUUUGUAGAUAAUAUAAAAUAAAAACUUUAAAAAAAAUAAAAAAUAAAAAAAGUUUUAAAAACUGA